AUGGAAUUUGAGUUAGAUGCUUUCUCGCCGGAGAUUCUAAAUGAAAUAAAUUGUUCAGGUCUACCACCACACAAGUUGGUUCUAAAGGUUGGCGCUCCUGUUAUGUUGCUGCGAAAUAUAGACCAAACUAAUGGUUUGUGCAAUGGAACAAGGAUGCAAGUUAGAAGAAUGGAAAAUCAUGUGAUAGAAUGCAAGACUUUAACUGGUAACAAAGCUGGAAGUAUUGUUCUUAUCCCAAGACUGAAUCUAAUUCCAAAUAAUGAAACAUUACCGGUCAGGUUUCAAAGAAAACAAUUCCCAAUUAUCAUGUCAUUUGCAAUGACAAUAAAUAAGUCUCAGGGACAAACUCUAUCGAAAGUUGGAAUUUACCUUCCAAGACCAGUUUUCACCCAUGGUCAAUUGUAUGCUGCGUUAUCAAGGGUAACGAGUAAAGAUAGUCUGCGAGUGCUGUUGCAAGAUCAUGAACACUUGGAAGAUAACUGCACGAUGAAUGUGGUAUAUAGAGAAGUUUUUGAGAGCCUAUAA